AACAUGUAGGUGAAAUGAAGAACAUGGGGGUGAUAAUGAAGAACAUGUUGGUGAUAAUGAAGAACAUGGAGGUGACAAUGAAAAACAUGGGGGUGAUAAAUGAAGAACAUGGAGGUGACAAUGAAGGACAUGGAGAUGAUAAUGGAAAGAACAUGGAGGUGACAAUGAAGAACAUAGAGGUGACAAUGAAGAACAUGAAGGUUUAUAAUGAAGAACAUGUAGGUGAAAAUGAAGAACAUGUUGGUGAUAAUGAAGAACAUGGAGGUGACAAUGAAGAACAUGAAGGUGAUAAUGAAGAACAUGUUGGUGAUAAUAAAGGACAUGGAGGUGAUAAUAAAAAUGAAGCUGACUAUAAAAAAUGAGGAGCAUUGG